CGCACGGACAACGUCACUUCCUCUCGCAACUUAACCUCACCAAAAUGGCACCGAAAAGGCAGCCUGUUGUGAAAAAGAACAAAAAGGGUGCUUGCUGGAAGUUCACCCUGGACUGCACUCACCCUGUGGAGGAUGGAAUUCUUGAUUCUUCCAGUUUUGAAACCUUUCUGAAAGAGAAGGUGAAGGUAAAUGGCAAAACAGGCAACUUGGGAAAUGUAGUGCACAUUAUGCGUCAGAAGAACAAAAUCAAUGUCACGUCGGAGAAGCAGUUCUCUAAAAGGUAUCUUAAGUACCUCACCAAGAAGUACUUGAAGAAGAACAACCUACGAGACUGGCUAAGGGUGGUGGCGUUGGAUAAGGAAAGCUAUGAGCUGCGCUACUUCCAGAUCAGUCAAGAUGAUGAAGAAUCUGAUGCUGAUGAAUGAAGAUUCUGUCUUGAAAUGUUUAAUGGAUGUGACAGGGUACUGUAUAAUCGAUCACAUCUUCAAAUGCAGGACUACAUGUUUUGAUAUACCUGUAAAUAAACAAUAUAAACCC